GUAUCGAUAUCGGUGGAAGGCGUCCGAGCGAGAAAGAAGGCGCCGAGAGGUUAUUCGAGAAAGCGUUGCCAUUGUUCGCCUCUUUGCUGUAAAUGGGGAAGAAGAAAUUAAACGAUGAAAUGGACAACAUUGUUUAAAGCCCUCAGGGAAAGAGUUGGUAUUUCUCAUUCUCAAUCUUCGACGCAGCACGGAGAGAGUAGCAAUGGCUAUGGACCUCUCUUCAGCCAAGACUCUUCAUUUCUUUCGAGGGACAAGCAUGGAUCUGAAUUGGAUUUCAGGAAGCACUGGGAAGAGUUUCAUUCAUCUACUUCUGAGAAGGAAAAAGAGAAGGCUUUGAAUUGGACUCUAGAGUUCUUUUGUAGAUUAGGGAAGCAGCAAUCAAAUGUUCCUCAAGUAAUUAACAUGUUAGCAGAGCCACACGUGUUUGCUUUCACAGUGGGAAGGGCAUUUGUGACAGAGGUAGAAAAAUUGAGGCUCAAGUGUAAAACAAAAUCCUUGGAAGUUGAUAGAGUUAUGGCAUUUUUUUCUGAAACCACAAAGGAUGGUAUCAGACCUGGUGCAAAUCUAUUACGAGCACUGGAAAUACUUGUUUUUGGGCCUGUUGACAAACAAUCAUUCCUUGAUUCUGGAAUCUUUUGCUGUCUCAUUCAUGUCUUAAACACUCUCCUCACCCCUGAUGGACUCAGAAAGAGACAACAGCUGACUGAUGACAAGGAGCUGCUAUCAAUGAAUGAAAGCUAUGAUUUUAAAACAAAACCUGCCCCCCAGCUCGAGGUUGAGGACAGCAUUGUCCAUAUCAUGAAGGCAUUGGCUGGUCAACCAUCAGCUGCACAAAGCCUGGUAGAUGAUGAUUCACUUGAAUUACUGUUUCAAAUUGUUGCUAAUGGUUCUGGACUGGUGUUUUCUCAAUACAAGGAAGGUCUUUUGCCUUUGCAUGCCAUUCAGCUUUACCGACAUUCUAUGCAGAUUCUUGGUCUUCUUUUGAUUAACGACAAUGGCAGUUUAACCAAGUAUAUACAAAAGCAUCAUCUGAUAAAAGUUCUUCUAAUGGCGGUCAAGGAUUUCAACCCUGAUUGUGGUGAUCCAACUUACACUUUGGGUAUUGUAGAGUUGCUGCUUCAAAGUGUUGAGUUGUCUUACAGACCAGAGGCUGGUGGUAUAAGACUCAGCGAGGAUAUUCACAAUGCACAUGGCUAUAAUUUUGUGGUUCACUUUGCUUUGACACUGUCAACAUGUCAAGGCAGUGAAACAUUUCAGACCAAGUCUUCUUUUAAUGAUGAUUUGGCUAUGGACACUUUGGAUGCAGCUGGAGGGACAGAUUGGGAGAACUUACGAGAAGAUGGAGGAAACUACUCCCCAUGCAAUAUCUCUCCUGCACUCAUUAGGCUUCUUGACAUCAUUGUUGCUUUUGCCCAAACAGGUCCCUCAAAUGCGCCUAAUCUCUCUGAACCAAAAACUUCAAAAAGUUCUCAUACAAAGGCUAAUGAACAUGGCAGAAGUCAGGCAUCAUCUUCUAAAUCAAUAGAUGAUGAAACCUCAGAAAAGGAUAAUGAAAAAAUCAAAGAUUUAGAAGCUGUUCAAAUAUUGCAGGAUAUAAUUAUUAAAGCUGAAAGUCUAGAAUUGCAGGCCGAAGUACUCAAUAGAUUAUUGAAGAUUUUCUCAAGUCAUGCUGAAAACUACAAGCUGUGUCAGCAGUUGAGGAUCGUACCUCUCUUGAUUCUUAAUAUGGCUGGUUUCCAUUCAUCACUUCGAGAGAUAAUCUUGAAAAUUCUUGAAUAUGUUGUGUCUGUAUUAAAUAUAAUCCCUGAACAAGAGUUGCUUUCACUUUGUUGCUUGCUACAGCAAUCAGCAGCAUCUAAACUGAAGCAUACAAUUCUAUCAUUUUUCCUGAAGCUCCUAUCAUUUGACCAACAGUAUAAGAAUAUCCUCCGAGAAGUUGGUGUAAUGGAGCUUCUGUUGGAGGAUCUGAAUCAGAACAAAUUUCUUAAUGGGCCUGAGCAACUUAUAGAGAACCAAGGUUAUUCAGGAAGAAAAAGUAGCCCUAGUAGCUACAAGAAGCACUUUUCGAGUGAUGAUUCAAUUCUAUCUUCCCCAAAUUUGUUAGAUACUGAUUCUAGAAGAUCCCUUAUCUUUGAAGAAGAAGAUGCAACAGAAAUUGCUUGGGAUUGUUUGGUGUCCUUAUUAAAGAAAUCAGAUGUAAAUCAGGCAUCAUUCCGUUCUGCUAAUGGUUUGAGCAUCAUACUGCCUUUCUUGGCAUCUGAUAUACACCGUCCGGGUGCCCUACGGGUGUUGUCAUCUUUGAUUAUAGAGGAUAUCAAGCAGACCCACCCUGAAGAGCUGGCCUCUUUGAUUGAUGUUCUGAAAACUGGGAUAGUUACAAGUGUUUUGGGAUUUCAAUACACACUUCAACAUGAUGCAGCAUGUGAUACUUUUGGGGCCUUGUGGCGCAUAUUAAGAUCUAACAGCUCAGCCCAGAGGGUUUUUGGGGAGGCAGGCGGGUUUUCACUUCUUGCAACCAUGCUUCAACAAAAAAAUCAUCCUUCUAUAACAGUAUACAUGAAGUUAUUUACAUAUACGUUACGCGUAAUAACAGCAGGGGCCUGUGAUAAUGUUGUCAACCGAUCGAAACUCCAUGGAAUAUUAUCUUCGCCUACAUUUCAUGAACUUCUGUGCAAAUCUCAGUUAAUUUGCAUAGAAUGUGAGUGGCAAUUUAUACAAUUGAUGUUGGAGCUCGCUCUAGAGGUAGUUAACACGCCAUUUAUGAUGUCUGAACAAGAUAGUGAGAAAAAUGAAUCAGCUGGCUUACCUUUACUUACAUUGUCGGGCUUUUUAGUCACUUACAAAACACGGGUGUAUAAUGCUGCUGCAGUCAGAGUGCUCUUACACACGUUGCUGCUGUUUACUCCUAAAGUGCAAGUAGAUUUACUAAACUUUGUUGAGCAGAUUGCUUGUGUUAGUUCCUUCAAUAUGGAAAACCUCACAUCUGUAGGUUGCGUGGAGCUUCUUCUGGAGACACUAUACCCCUUCAUGUUAAGUUCUACACCUCUAAUUGCUCAUGCUAUGAAGAUUGUGGAAGUUCUUGGUGCAUAUAGGCUAUCAGUUUCAGAACUUAAAACUAUUGUCAGGUACAUUUUGCAAACAAGACUUGCAAAGUCUGGCUGUUGUCUUGUUGCAAUGAUGGAGAGAUUGAUUCUUUCAGAAGAUAUUGGCUCAGAAGGUGUUUCUUUUGCACCAUUUAUUGAGUUGGACACAAGCAAGAAGGGACAUGCUUCCAUUCAAGUGUCAUUAGGAGCAAGGUCAUGGCCUCCAGCUGCUGGUUAUUCUUUUGUUUGUUGGUUUCAGUAUAAAAAUUUUUUGAAGUCACCAACAAAGGACACUGAAGCUUCUACAGUUGGCUCUCCGAAAAGGUAUAACUUGAUUAAUGGACAAGUUGGAGUUCAAGUGCUCCGAUUAUUCUCUGUUGGGGCAGUGGAUAACGGAAGCACCUUUUAUGCUGAUCUUUGUCUGCAUCAUGAUGGGGUUCUCACUCUUUCUACGAGCAAUUCGUCCUCCUUGACAUUUUCUGGACUAGAAAUGGAGGAAGGCAAGUGGCAUCAUCUUGCAGUUGUGCAUACAAAACCAAGUGCUUUGGCUGGACUCUUUCAAGCAAGCUUUGCUUAUGUGUAUCUUAAUGGAAAACUAAGGCACACAGGGAAACUUGGAUAUUCCCCAUCCCCAGCAGGAAAGUCUGUGCAUGUAACUAUUGGAACACCAGAAGCUUGUGCAAGGGUUAGUGAUAUGUCGUGGAAGCUUCGAUCAUGCUAUCUUUUUGAUGAAGUGCUCCUUCCAGGCUCUAUAUGUUUUAUGUAUAUUCUUGGGAGAGGAUACAGGGGACUUUACCAGGACACAAAUUUGUUGCAGUUUGUUCCCAACCAGGCCUGUGGUGGGGGCAGCAUGGCUAUCUUGGAUUCUUUAGAUUCAGACCUGCCUUCACCAUCUAACAUGCAAAAAUCUGAUGCUAAUGGGAAGCAAGGGAUCCUGAAGUUGAAUGGUAGUGGAUUUGUAUGGAAUCCUGAUAAAUUAGGUUAUCACUCCCUUCAGUUAUGGGGUAAAAAAUUGAUAUUUGCAUUUGGUGGCACAAGUACAGAGAUCUUCCGGUCACCCGGAAAUUUAUCUAUUCUCAAUCUCGUUGAUCCUAUGUCAGCUGCUGCUUCUCCCAUUGGAGGUAUACCUCGGUUUGGUCAUCUUCUGGGAGAUGCAUAUGUUUGUAAGCAGUGUAUGAUAAGUGAUACAAUUCGCCCCAUUGGUGGUAUGGCUGUGGUCCUUGCACUUAUUGAAGCCUCUGAAUCAAGGGACAUGCUUCAUAUGUCCUUGACAUUGCUUGCCUGUGUCCUCCAUCAGAAUCCACAGAAUGUGAGAGACAUGCAGAAGUGCAGAGGAUACCACGUGCUAGCCCUUUUCCUGCACCAGAGAAUGUCCAUGUUUGACAUUAAAUUACUAGAGAUCUUUUUCCAAAUCUCUGCAUGUGAGGCUACUUUCUCUGAACCAAGGAAAACUAGGAGCAUGAAGCCGACUUUGUCACCGUCUUCCAUCAUCAAUGAAGCUAGCUUUGAAGAUCUCAAUAUAUCAAAGUUCAACGAGGAAUUUUCAUCAGUUGAAACUCAAGUAGAUAUUGACGAUUUUUCUGUACCGAAUGAGUCAUUUAGUCAUAUGUCAGAACUGGAAAAUGCAGAUACUCUUACAGAGACUUCUAAUUGCAUUGUUCUGUCAAAUUCUGAUAUGGUUGAGCAUGUGUUGCUGGAUUGGACCCUCUGGGUGGCAGCUCCAGUUUCAGUUCAAAUUUCUUUACUUGGAUUUCUUGAGAACCUAGUCUCCAUGCAUUGGUACAGGAAUCACAACCUUACUAUUCUACGUAGAAUUAACCUCGUUCAGCAUCUUCUUGUGACUCUGCAGAGGGGUGAUGUUGAGGUGCCAGUGUUGGAACAUGUAGUGGCAUUACUAGGUCUCAUUUUGAGGGAUGGAUUUCUCCCUUCUGAAUUGGAAAAUGUUGUAAGGUUUGUGUUUAUGACCUUUGAUCCCCCUGAAGCAACAUUACGUGAUCAAAUUAGAAGAGAACCAAUGGGGAAGCAUGUUAUUGUAAGAAAUAUGUUACUUGAGAUGUUAAUUGAUCUUCAGGUGACCAUUCAAUCAGAGGAGUUACUUGAGCAGUGGCAAAAAAUUGUUUCAUCUAGAUUAAUUACUUAUUUUCUUGAUGAAGCACUUCAUCCUACUAGUAUGAGAUGGAUCAUGACUCUUCUAGGUGUGUGCCUUUCCUCUUUCUCUACAUUUGCUCUGAAAUUUCGAUCAGGUGGAGGUUAUCCAGGUUUGGCACGGGUGCUUCGUAGUUUUUAUGAUUCUCCUGAUAUAUAUUACAUUUUGUUUUGUCUGAUGUAUGGGAAGCCUGUAUAUCCAAGAUUACCUGAAGUCCGCAUGCUAGACUUCCAUGCACUAAUGCCAAGUGAUGGCCAGUAUGGAGAAUUGAAGUUUGUUGAACUACUGGACUCUGUAAUUGCUAUGGCUAAAGCAACAUUUGAUAGGUUAUGCGUUCAGUCAAUGGUUGCACAUCAAACUGGAAAUCUUUCUCAGGUUGGUGCUAGCAUUGUGGCUGAACUUUUCAAUGGACAUGAAGACAUGGCUGGAGAGCUUCAAGGUGAAGCUCUGAUGCACAAAACCUAUGCCGCUCGUUUGAUGGGUGGCGAGGCAUCAUCCCCAGCUGCAGCUACUUCAGUUCUGAGGUUCAUAGUUGAUCUUGCAAAGAUGUGUCCUCCAUUUUCUGCCAUAUGCAGACGAGCUGAGUUCCUUGAGAGCUGUAUUGACCUCUACUUUUCCUGUGUCAGGGCUUUCCAUGCUGUAGAUAUGGCUAAAGAACUAACUUUGAAAUCAGAGGACAAGAAUCUGAAUGAUCUUGAUGAGAUCUAUAGUUCCCCAAAUUCUUUCUCUAGCUUGCCUCCUGAACAUGAGCAAUCAUCAAAGAUCUCUAUCACUGUUGGCAGCUUUGCUCAAGGAAAUGUCACUGUGAAUUCUGAAGAGAUUCCUAUUUUCCAUGAUGAUGUUACUACUGAGAAACCAGUGAUUGUGGAUUUGGAAGACCAGCAUGAAUUAGACAAAAAGGUCGAGGAAGAUCUUCAGGCUGUGACAAGUGCUGACCUUGAAGCAGUUGAUCAAUUAUCCUCUGCUACUUCUUGCGGUAAUGAGUUAAACUUCAGGGAUAUUUUAAGUGUCCAAGAUCAUAUUCAGGCGAAUAAUUCAGAGAAUUCAAGGUCUUUCACUGCACAUGAAGCUUCUACACCACCUGAGAGUUCUGAUACCAAGAUAUCCCUGGCUCCCUCCCCAGAUUUAGCGUCAAAAUCUUCGCUGGGAGGUGCGAGCCACAAUGAUUCCAAAUUCCAUCCCUCUAAGGCUCCAUCUGUGGAUUCUUUCAUGUCAGUAAGUGAAACUGAUUUCUCUUCAGAUUUUAAGUUUAUAUCCCAUGCUGAAUAUGCUCCAAGCACAGCAUUUGCAAUCACUCCAAAGCUGUUGCUAGAAGUGGAUAGUUCUGGCUAUGGAGGUGGUCCAUGUUCUGCUGGUGCUACUGCUGUUCUAGAUUUUAUGGCAGAAGUACUUUCAGAUUUUGUGACUGAGCAGAUGAAGGCUAUACCAGUUCUUGAGACUGUCUUGGAAAGUGUACCUUUGCAUGUUGAUUCUGAAUCUUUUCUAGCUUUUCAGGGAUUAUGCCUCACUAGAUUGAUGAACUUUCUUGAAAGGCGUCUCUUACGUGAUGAUGAGGAAAAUGAGAAAAAAUUGGACAAGAACAGGUGGUCAGUAAACUUAGAUGCAUUGUCUUGGAUGAUUGUUGAUCGUGUUUAUAUGGGAGCUUUUCCCCAAUCCGGUGGUCUAUUGAAGACUUUGGAGUUUUUACUAUCGAUGUUGCAGUUGGCAAAUAAAGAUGGUCGGAUUGAAGAAAUAAUUCCAUCUGGCAAGGGAUUCCUUUCACUUGCAAGGGGAAGUAGACAACUUGAUACUUAUGUACAGGCGCUUAUUAAAAAUAUGAACCGUAUGAUUUUAUUCUGUUUUCUUCCAUCAUUCUUGUAUACAAUAGGGGAAGACAAUCUGCUUGCAGGCUUGGGCAUGCAGAAUGAACCAAGGACAAAAUUGUUUUCUUACUCUUCACCAGAGGAUGGAGGGAUUGAUAUUAUCACAGUUUUACAGUUGCUUAUUGCUCACAGGCGAAUAAUUUUUUGUCCCACCAAUCGUGAUACUGAUCUGUUCUCUUGUCUUUGUGUAAAUUUGAUAUCUCUACUCCGCGAUCACAGAAAGCAUAUAUGGAGUACAGUUAUUGAUAUUCUCAAGUAUUUUCUGGUACACCGUAAGGUUGCACUUGAAGAAUUUCUAGUCUCUAAAUCAAGUCAAGGCCAAACUGAGGAUCUUCUACAGGGUGGUUUCAAUAAGCUUUUGACUGGAAAUAUAUCAGAAUUUUUUGAAUGGUUUCAUAGUUCUGAGACAAUCAUCAAUAAAGUAAUGGAACAGGGGGCUGCUGUCAUGUGGAGGCAAUAUGUAGCAGGGGCAACAAAAUUCCCUUCAGUGAGGAUAAAAGCUUUGGAGAAUCGUCGUUCGAAGGAAAUGGGAAGAAAAUCAAAAGACCUUUCAACAUCAGAACGGAGACAUUGGGAAAUACUGAAUGAAAGACGAAAUUCACUUCAAAAGGUGCACGAUGUUAUGGCCACUGAAUUACGUGUUACUCGUCAGGAUAGAUAUGGAUGGGUAGUCCAUGCUGAAAGUGAGUGGCAAGCUCAUCAUCUCCAACAGCUUGUACAUGAAAGAGGAAUAUUUCCAGUUAAAAAAUCUUCCAGAACCAAAGAGGAACUUGAGUGGCAGCUUUGCUCCAUUGAAGGUCCAUACAGGAUGCGCAAAAGGCUUGAAAGGUGUAGAGCAAAGAUAGACACCAUACAAAAUGUUCUGGAGGGACAGUUUGAGAAAGCUGAGGAAGACAUAUCCAAGGAAAACACUGAUUAUGAACACUAUGCUUGUGAGAUUGAAUCAGACACUUUUUUCAAUAUUGCAAUUGACAAGCCAAGGGAAGAAUCUUUUAGAUCUGAAUUGUAUAAUGAGCCAACAAUUAGAGAAUCCGGUGAUGCACCAGACAUUGCUUCUUCUAGUUUUGGAUGGAAUGAUGAUCUAGAGAGUAGUAUAAACGAAGCAAGCCUGCACUCAGCUGCUGAAUCGGGUUUCAAAUCUAGUGAUUCAUCUUCCCUGAGAACAGAAACUAGACAAGGGAAAUCUGAUUUAGGUUCUUCAAGGUUAUCCGCUCCAGUAAACGUGGAUGAAUUGAGAGUGUCAGACGACAGGUCAGACAAAGAUUUAAAUGACAAAGGUGAAAACUUGAUCAGACCUUAUCUGGAACCUUUUGAAAAAAUCAAGCACAAGUACAAUUGUGAAAGAGUAGCUGGACUUGACAAAUAUGAUGGUAUAUUUGUGAUUGGGGAAUCAUCUCUAUAUAUCAUUGAGAAUUUUUACAUUGAGGAAUCUGGCUGUGUAUGUGAAAAAGAGAGUGAAGAAGAACUCUCCAUCAUUGAUCAGGCUUUGGGUGUACAGAAAGAUAUUUCUGGUAGCAAAGAUUCCCAUUCCAAGUCGAAUUCCUCUUGGGGUGCUAAUUCACGGGGAAGGGCAUGGGCAUUUGAUGGUGGUGUCUGGGGUAGGGAAAAUUUGUGUUGUACUGGUAAUAUGCCUCACCAUUGCCGUUUGUGGAAGCUCGACAGUGUGCGGGAGCUUCUGAAGCGCGAUUAUCAGCUUCGACCUGUUGCUAUUGAGAUUUUCAGCGUGGAUGGCUGCAAUGGAUUACUUGUUUUUCAUAAAAAGGAGAGAGAAGAAGUUUUCAGAAAUUUGUUGGCCUUGAAUCUACCAAGAAACAACACUUUAGAUGCAACAAUAACUGGAUCGACAAAACAGGAAAGCAAUGAAGGAGGUCGGCUUUACAAGACUACAGCAAGUUCCCUUUCCAAAAGGUGGCAAAAUGGAGAAAUUAGCAACUUUCAGUAUAUCAUGCAUCUCAACACUCUGGCAGGCCGUGGAUACAGUGAUCUCACCCAGUAUCCGGUGUUUCCUUGGAUCCUGGCUGAUUACGAGAGUGUAAACCUUGAUCUAUCCCAUCCAAACACGUUUCGUAAUCUUCAGAAACCAAUGGGCUGUCAGACUUCAGAAGGAGAAGAGGAGUUCAGAAGGAGAUAUGAGAGCUGGGAUGAUCCAGAAAUUCCCAAAUUCCAUUAUGGUUCUCAUUAUUCUAGUGCUGGGAUUGUUCUAUUCUACCUGUUACGGCUACCUCCGUUUAGCUCUGAGAAUCAAAAGCUACAGGGCGGACAAUUUGACCAUGCUGAUAGGCUGUUCAACAGCAUUCCAGAAACCUGGCUGAGUGCUGCUGGGAGAGGAAACACAUCAGAUGUUAAGGAACUCAUUCCAGAGUUUUUCUAUUUGCCAGAGUUCUUGGAAAACAAAUUCGACCUUGACUUUGGUGAGAAACAAUCCGGUGAAAAGGUUGGUGAUGUUGUAUUGCCUCCAUGGGCCAAGGGCAGUCCUAGGGAGUUCAUUCGAAAGCACAGAGAAGCACUGGAGUGUGAUUAUGUAUCAGAGCAUCUUCAUCAUUGGAUAGAUCUCAUCUUCGGAUCGAAACAGAGGGGGAAGGCGGCUGAGGAAGCUGCAAACGUGUUUUACCACUACACAUACGAGGGCAGUGUGGACAUUGACUCGAUUGCAGAUCCAGUAAUGAAAGCAUCUAUUCUAGCACAAAUCAAUCACUUUGGACAAACCCCAAAACAGCUCUUCUUGAAGCCACAUGUGAAAAGGAGAACUGAUCGGAAGCUUCCACCUCAUCCGCUCAGGCACUCUGCAUUCCUCGUUCCUCAUGAGAUUCGUAAGAGUGCAUCUUCUAUAUCUCAGAUUGUAAUUUUCAACGACAAGAUUCUCAUCACCAGCACGAAUCACUUGCUCAAACCGAGAUCAUUCACCAAAUGCAUUGCAUGGGGCUUCCCAGACCGUACCUUGAGGUUCAUGAGUUACAAUCAGGACAGGCUUCUAUCCACUCAUGAAGAUCUCCAUUCCGGCAGCCAAAUACAAUGUGUAGCUGCAAGCCAGGAUGGCAAAACACUAGUUACUGGUGGAGACGACAGCCUGGUCUGUGUUUGGAGACUCCAAAAAGAGGGACUUGGGCCUCGCGCUGUUCGUCGCCUGCAUCUGGAGAGGUCUCUCUGUGGCCACACCGGUAAAGUCACGUGUCUUCAUGUUAGCCAACCGUACAUGAUAAUUGUGAGCGGAUCAGAUGAUUGUGCAGUAAUAUUAUGGGACCUCAGCUCUCUAACAUUUUUGAGGCAGCUUCCUGAGUUCCCUUCCCCGAUUUCAGCAAUAUUCAUGAAUGACCUGACGGGAGAAAUAACAACUGCAGCCGGUGCUGUUGUUUCUAUUUGGAGCAUUAAUGGUGAUUGUCUGGCAGUGGUGAAUGCAUCCCAACUUGUGUCGUCUGGUUCUGUUCUCUCACUUGUAGGGUCGACUUUCUCAGACUGGCAGGAGACUAACUGGUGUGUUUCGGGCCACCAAGGUGGCGAUAUCAGAGUCUGGAAAGUGAGUCACUGCUCCAGUGAGGAGUGUGGGCGUGCCCAAAUUGAUGAAGAGGCUGAGAAUUCAUUGAAACUUGGGGGGGAUAGAGUUCCCGAGUACAGAUUGAUUCUCCACAAGGUACUCAAGUCCCACAAGUUCUCUGUUACGGCGCUGCGUCUGUCAAACGAUUUAAAGCAGUUGCUGAGUGGGGAUUCAGGUGGCCACUUGCUUUCGUGGACAUUGCGGGACGAAAGCUUCAGAUCCUCCAUGAAGAAGUAGCAUCAUUCGUUGAUUGUCUUGUCAACUCAAGUAGCUAGCUAGCUCGCUGCCUGCUGCAUAUAUACAUAUAUUCAUGUGAUUGAUUGAUAGGUUGAUGGGUGCAUGUAGUUAGUUCCUUCCAUACAAAAUAAUAUGGAGCAGAAGCAACGGCUGGGCUAUGCUUCAAUAUGAUGGAUCGAUAGAUCAUAUGCUCAUGCUCCUUGUGUGAGCAAAGAAACUCAAUUGCACAGCAACAGGCAACCGACCUGACCUGACCUGACCUGCGGGGAGUGGCAUUGAUUAUGUGCAGCUGUACGAUAUACUUUACUAUACUAGUCGUGUUUGGGUAAUUGUUCUCAUCACAGGAUGCUGUAUAGAUAGAUAACACACGAAUUUUUCUUUCCAGAAGCGAGAACAGGGGCGGGUGAAGCUGCUGCUGCCCCAAUGUCGACGAAUGUAAUAGUUAGUUAGUUAGUUACUCUGUGCGAUUGAUGAUUACUCUUGGACUCACAAG